AUGGCGGCAUAUAAGCGGACCAAAGACAAGAAAAGGCGGAGACUUCUCUCGCCCGACUCCCCUUGCUUCUCCCCUCUUUCCAGCGACUACCUCUUCAAGCUGCUCCUCAUCGGCGACUCCUCCGUCGGCAAGUCCUGCCUCCUCCUCCGCUUCGCCGACGAUGCGUACGUCGACACCUACAUCAGUACCAUCGGCGUUGAUUUCAAAAUCCGGACCGUUGAGCUCGAUGGCAAGUCGGUGAAGCUGCAGAUUUGGGACACAGCAGGCCAGGAAAGGUUCAGGACAAUAACAAGCAGUUACUACCGGGGAGCGCAUGGAAUCAUUAUCGUAUAUGACGUGACAGAUAGGGAAAGCUUCAACAAUGUCAAGCAGUGGUUGAGUGAGAUCGAUAGGUAUGCCAGUGACAGUGUGUGCAAGCUUCUAGUGGGGAACAAAUGUGAUUUGGUCGAUAGUAAGGUCGUCGAUACAGAGGAGGCCAAGGCUUUUGCAGAAUCGUUGGGAAUGAAUUUUCUUGAGACAAGUGCAAAGGAAGCCAUCAAUGUGGAGACAGCUUUCUUAACCAUGUCAUCAGAAAUCAAGAACAAGAUGGCGAGCCAACCAACGGCGGAGAGGAAAUCGACGGUCCAUGUUCACAUGAAAGGGCAGCCCAUACAGCAGCAGAACAGCAGUUGCUGCUCCUCAUAA